AUGCGAUCCUCUACAAGCCGUAGCGCAUUGGUCGCGAGUACUUCCAACUCUUCAACAGUCUUGGAUGAGACCACCAACAAGGUGUCAUCUGCGAAGCCGAGUCACUUCGCUCCCUGGGGUAGUGGCACUCUCAGGACAGAGUCGAACGUUGCGUUCCAGAGAAGGGGACCAACAACGGAUCCCUGUGGCACUCCCCCAGAGAUCUCGACCUCCAUUCUUCCACUGCCGGUGGAAACCGUUCCAGACCUGCCCCAGAAGUAUGACUGGAACAUGCGGUACAGGUAG